GACGCUGUCCUGUCACGCAUUUCCCUCUGCCCUCACAAAGCUGGCAUGGAUAGCGUCAACAAGAACAAAACCGACGAGGUGAUCCGAUCCAUGUCCGAGGGCUCGCGGUUUUAUGACAACGAGCGUCGCAAGGCCGCGCAGACAGCGCAACGCGUGCAGGUCAUGAAAUCUCGGGCAGCCGUCCUCUCAACGGGGGCCCUGCAGCAAGCCGAGGCGAUGGCCUCGGCUUUUGAGCGCCAGCUUGAGACGGAGCGUGAUCUCUCGCGGGUCAUUGUACACUGCGACGCAGAUGCUUUUUAUGCCGCCGUAGAGUUGCGGGAUCAGCCCCACCUGCGUGGCAAGCCCAUUGGCAUUGGUGGCAUCGGCAUGCUUAGCACGGCGUCCUACGAGGCUCGCAAAUUUGGCGUGCGAAGCGCCAUGCCUGGCUACAUUGCGCUUCGUCUCUGCCCCGAAUUGAUCCUUGUCAAGCCGCGCUUUCAUGCCUACGAGGCCGCCUCUCGCCAACUUCAAGCCGUGAUGGCUCAAUACGACCCAAAUUUUCGAUCUGUGAGCCUGGAUGAAGCCUACCUGGACAUUACCGAUUACAUGGCUCGACUGACCCCCGGCGACGUGGCCCAGCUGCCCCCUCUGACAACUGUGGCCGAUCCACCCUUGGUGCAGGAGGCAAACAGCGCUGAUUCAAAGCCCGGCAUGGCCACGGAUUCCGCUGGAGCCCGCAACCUGACCACCCUGGAAGGCAGGGCCUUGGCAGCCCGCGUCGUGCAUCAAAUGCGAACCCGUAUGCACGAAACCACUCAGCUUACCGUCUCUGCCGGCAUUGCCUGUAAUCGCAUGCUGGCCAAAAUUGGUUCCGAUCAAAACAAGCCGGAUGGUCAGUUUUGCUUGCCGGCCGACCGAGCAGCCAUCUUGGCGUUUUUGGCCAACAUGCCGACGCGUAAAAUUCCAGGCAUUGGCAAGGUGACGGAACAAAUCCUCCGUGAGCUCGACAUUACAAACUGUCAAGCCCUUCUACAGCAGCGAGCUCUCCUCAAACUGUUGUUUACGCCCAUUUCCUUCGAUUUCUUUAUGCGGUCGGCGCUCGGCAUUGCUUCCAACAACACUCGCAAGCGCUCCGAGCGGAAGAGCAUUGGGCAUGAAACGACGUUUCGCGAGCUCAAUCAGGUACCAGAUCUCGAGGACAAGUGCCUACACCUCUGUCACAAGACGGCUCUUGACAUGGAGCGAAAGGCUUUGCUGGGGCGCUCCGUCUGCCUCAAGCUCAAGACAGUCGACUUUAAGGUCAAGCAGCGAUCAGUGUUGCUGCCUGCGCAUACGGCGGACGAGCCGGUCAUCAAGCGUGCUGCACUCGGGCUUCUCCAUCGAGAACUA